UGGGGUUUCUUUUUUGUUGGCACGUUGACGAGCGACCAACGCAUUGGGGCAGCACUUAAUCAAAAAUAAUAAUAAAUCAAUUAAAAUUAGGCCAGUGCCAGAGCGUCCCAUUGUGCAGCAACCCAAGUUGGAUUGCGCUUGAUCAAGGUCAAUUGUAGGUAUUACAAAUAAUAAUAAGUUACGCCAGGAUGAGUCAAUACGCCAGUAUUUUGCAACGCGAGUUUCCGGCAAUCGACAAUGAGCUGAAGGACUAUGUGGAGGGCGUCCUAACGGGCAGUGUCGAAGACUUCGAUACGUGCGACGAUAUCUUUGAUGCCGUCGGCGACAUUCUCCAAGGCAUUGAUGGCGAACGCUCGGAAGAAAACAUUCGAGCUCUGUGUGAUGAAUUCUUCGGCAUUAUGAAAAACAACUCGAAGAAUGUAGAACGUAAGGUGCUCAAUGCUCCCGUUAAUAUCGAGGAAAUGGCUAAGAAUAUGGAGCGUAUGGACAAGGAUAUGCAGAGCAUUUGGGUGGUAAACAAGGAUGGUGGUAACAAAGUGGACUCGAAAAAGCUGGAAAAGGCGGAAGCAAAGCUGAUGCAGAAGCAGGAGAAGCGUCAGGAGGUAACCAAACUGGGUGUUGUGCCAGUCGCCGUCAAGUUGCAGACGGCAACUGCUUCGCAGGUGACCAACAAAAAGAAUACCAAAUUGGACCAGAAGGGACUCAAUCGCUCCAUGGAUAUAAAAAUCGAAAAUUUCGAUUUAGCUUUUGGAGAAAAAGUUCUACUGCAAAAUGCCAAUCUGUUGCUAUCCUUUGGUCGUCGCUAUGGUCUGGUUGGUCGCAAUGGACUGGGCAAGACAACGCUGUUGCGCAUGAUUGCCGAGCGUCAGCUGCAAAUACCGUCGCAUAUCUCUGUGCUGCAUGUGGAGCAGGAAGUGGUUGGCGACGAUACUUCCGCUGUGGACAGUGUGCUCGAAUGUGAUACGGAGCGAACGCGUCUGUUGACCCGCGAAAAGGAAAUUCUGGCCGCCUUGAAUAGCGGUGUACAGGAUGCAGCGCUUUCCAGCGAGCUGAGCGAAACAUAUGCCGCCUUGCAGAACAUUGAGGCGGACAAGGCAGUGGCACGAGCGUCUGUGAUACUUAAGGGUCUCGGUUUCGAUGCGGACAUGCAGCUGAGACCCACGAAAUCAUUCUCAGGUGGCUGGCGUAUGCGUUUGGCAUUGGCCAGGGCGUUGUUCUCUAAGCCGGAUCUGCUGCUGCUCGAUGAGCCGACGAACAUGUUGGACAUUAAGGCCAUCAUUUGGCUGGAAACUUAUUUGCAAACGUGGCCUACAACCAUAUUGGUGGUGUCUCACGAUCGUAAUUUUCUGGAUACUGUGCCCACGGAUAUUAUUCACUUACAUUCCCAGGAACUUGAGGCAUACAAGGGAAAUUACGAGCAAUUUGAGAAGACCAAGACAGAGAAACUAAAGUCGCAGCGGCGAGAGUACGAGGCACAAUUGGCUCAUCGAGCGCAUGUUCAGGAAUUCAUUGAUCGCUUCAGAUACAAUGCCAAUCGUGCGUCAUCUGUGCAGUCCAAAAUCAAAAUGCUGGAGAAACUGCCUGAGCUUAAGCCUGUGGAGAAGGAAACCAUUGUAACGCUCAAGUUUCCCGAAGUGGAACCACUCAAUCCGCCCGUGCUGGCCAUCUCAGAAGUCUCCUUCCGUUACAAUCCCACAGAUCCGUUGCCCAUCUUCAAGGGCGUCAAUCUAUCAGCCACAUCGGAUUCACGCAUUUGUAUUGUCGGCGAGAACGGAGCUGGUAAAUCGACACUGCUCAAGAUCAUUGUGGGUCAGCUGAGUACGAUCUAUGGCAAUAUUGUCCUACAUCGCGGUCUGCGCAUCGGUUAUUUUGCCCAGCAUCAUGUGGAUCACUUGAAUAUGAAUGUUACGUGUGUUGGUGUCUUGGCUGAGCUGUAUCCCGGCAAGCCAGACGAGGAAUAUCGUCGACAAUUAGGUAGUUUUGGUAUUUCGGGACCACUCGCUCUCCAGAGCAUAGCCAGCUUAUCUGGAGGACAGAAAUCACGCGUGGCCUUAGCGAAAAUGUGUAUGGCGGAACCCAAUUUCCUGGUACUUGAUGAGCCGACUAAUCAUUUAGAUAUUGAAACGAUCGAUGCUCUGGGGCGAGCUAUAAAUGCUUUCAAGGGUGGCGUCAUUCUUGUCUCUCACGACGAGCGUCUCAUUAAGGUCGUCUGCAAAGAGCUCUGGGUUUGUGGGAAUCGCACAGUGCGCGCUAUCGAAGGUGGCUUGGAUGAAUACAAGAAAGAAGUCUACAAGGAAAUCGAAGCUAAUAGUUGAAUUUUAUUUAUUUUACACCCAACAAUAAGUGAAACAAUUUAGCAAUAAAUUUGUAGUAUGUCAAAUCAUACAUAAAACAUGAAA